AUGUUGUACGAGCGAGCCUUUGUAAGCCUGGACGUGGCGAAUGGCCACAUCCAGAGCACUUCGGGGCCUUCCCAGUCCCUCCCCAGCGAGGCGAGGCUGGCCCAUGAGCCCGAGAAGUCCUCACCUGGUGCACGGCCUAGCGAGGAGGACACGUCCGAGGGCUUGCCGUUCGGAACUUGGGCUUUCGACUCAAGUUUUGACGUUUGGGAGUUUACCUCUAGCUUGAACGUUGCGUGGACGUCUAUGGUUGAGUUCUAA